UUGUACAAAAUGAGUUCGAAUUGCCUUAUGGAUAAGACAUGGCCGCUCCCUAUUUGACAGCCAAGGAAACACGCCACCUCUGUUACAUUGAGAUACUCUUAAUUUAACGUACUAAACAUAGUUGAAGGUGUUCACAUAACCCGCAGGAUGAUGGAAAACGACACACAGGAGAACGUAGCUGCUAAGACCCUUUCACGGUCAGUGAUUGUCGAACUACUGGCAAAGAAUUUCCACGAACUGCCCGACAUUGACCAGAAGCUCUUCAUGUACGGGCCUAUGUAUCUGAGCGGAAAUGGUGGCUUGGCAGGGCUGAUCGCUAAUAGCUUGUACCGCCGUGCCCUGAACGUCACACAGGCGCCCAUCACCUCCAGCCUGCCGAUGGCGGUACUGCCCUUCAUGACGACAUACGCCCUCUACAACGCCACGGUGAGCAGCCCGCUCCUGUCAGGGGACCUUCAAUGCCCGAGCUGCGUGUUAUUGAGAGGCACACUGGUGGGUGUAGUCGGCGGUGCCGUGUACCCCAUCAUUCUAGCCUUACCUAUCAACAUUGGCCUUGCAACCAGGUACAGCACGGCGCCCAUGCCGGAGAAGGGAAACCUCAUCCGGUUUUGGAUAGAUCUCUCAAGACCGAUCCUGAAGAAAAUGAGAGCAGUUAUGGUCAUCCAGGCCUUUUUUGGGACCUUCCUCAGUUCCAGGAACUUUGAAAGCUACAACAAACUAGCUAAAAUCACAUUUGGCUCACAACGAGAGGACCUAAAAGACUGAAAUGGGUGGAGCUGGAGCCUAUCCCAGCUGACUUUAUGUGAGAAGCGGGGUACACCUUGAACUGGACACCAUCUAGUGAAUCACAGGGCACACGCAUGCUUUUGCAAUGUGGGAGGAAGCCCACGCAAGUAGAACAUGCAAACUCCACACAGAUGUUCCGAUGUUGAUUCAGAUCCGACAAGCUAACCACUAGGCCGCCUUGCUUACCCUAAUUUAGAUAUUACAUUUACAAAAAUGCAAUGUUUCAUCUGUGGAGAGGACAUCCUGUGCUUGCCAGUGAUUUGUAAUUUGUUGGGUGACUGAAAAAGUGUGUCAUGAAUUUUACAAACUGGCCAAUUGUAAUUGAAUUGCAAUAAAUGGAAUAUAAACUGCUUAAAAUGACGCAUUCACUAAAUUGCAACUUGUGAUUUUCGGAGUCACAGGAGGAUAUUGAUUCAGAUUGAUGUACUGCUUGUGUUCAAAUGACAUUUUACUGUACAUUGGUGGGCACAACUUUAAAUUGAAAUGGCCAACAGUCGUUUGAGGGCUCGUUAUAUUCAUAUUCAAGUGAUGGCAAAUGUGUGGUUGCUGAAUUGCUUUCCUCCAGACAUUUUUGUCACCUAGUCAGAAAUUGAGCAUGGUGUGAAUAAAGAGCAGACAAACAACUAAGCAUGGCUUAUUUUUAUUAAAGGUUUUAGGAACACACAUUUUGCAGUGAUGCUGGGGUCAUAAAGGUUUCAUUUUGACCUAAGUUGAACACUGAGCGCACCCGAUCCUUAAAAUAGCAGUGUUAAGAUGAAUCAAAUGGAUGUUUUGUAGGCGAUUGUCCUCGGAUAAAUUAAACAAAAUCUGGUCAUGUUGUGUUGGAUGUCAUAUCUCUGGCUCGCUUGUCAUACUUUGUUACAGGGAAGGUUUAUGGAUGAGGAGGAGAUCCUUACUGAGAGGGAACGAUGCAGAGAAAAUACUGACAUCAAGCUAUUAUAAUGAUAAAUGCUGUUAAUUACAUCAGUUUCGCACACUUUCCAAAUACAUCACCC